AAUGAGUGGAUAAAAACCCAAUUGAAUGUGACGGCACUUGGCUUGUUGAAAGCCGACGGUAGUGACGCAGGAAUGUGGCUGUCAGCCUAUUGAUUUACUUCUGAAUGCCGUUACCUCCUCUUUAGUUUUUUAAACUAGUGUAAACAUGUCUGAUGAAAAAGCAAAACUGGAACGGCAUUUAACUCUUCUUCGAGGUGAAUAUGUCAAACUUCAAGCUAGAUUAGCAGAAUCGGAAAAAAAUUACAGCAUUGCAGCUGCUCAGAUUGGAAAUACGAGUGGAGAUUCUUUUAUUGUUAGGCUUCUAAAAACAGUAGCUGAUCUUUUUGAUAAAGAAUUAUAUAGCGAUUUAAGAGUAGAGCUCAAUGGACGUAGUAUAAGAGCCCACAAAUUUGUUCUUUCUGCUCGAAGUAAUAACUGGGGUGUACCAGAUCUUGCUGAUGUUGAUUAUUUAGAUUUAACAGACAUACCUCAAGAUAUAGGGCUUACUUUACUUAAAUGGGUGUAUACGGAUGAAUUGGAUUUGAACAAACCUGAUAAUUUUUUCCUAGAUCUUAUGAGGUUUGCUAAGAGAUUUGAAUUAAAAAGUUUGGUUGACAGGUGUGAAAAUGCCUUACUUUCAUCUGUUAAUGUACAUAAUUGUGUGAAAUUUUAUCAAGCUGCUGAUGAAAUAGAUGCAAAAACAUUGAAAAGCCACUGUUCACAACUGAUAUCUAAUCACUGGCAUGACUUCACCAGUGAUGAUUUUGUUCAUAUGAGUGCAUCUCUCUUGUAUAAAAUGUUUAAAGCAAAGACUGAUUUCAUUUUGCACACAGCAAUCAAAAUACAGAGAGAAGAUGUUGUUUUUCUUUUCUUGAUAGAAUUUGAUGCUCAGCUUAUCAAGAAAGUGAAUGAACUUGAUGAUCAAGGUGACAUUCCUUUAGACCUAGCUCUUAAAAGUCAUCAAGAAAGUAUUGCCAAGACUUUGAUUAGCCACAAAGCCAAUAUUAAUCAGACAGAUAACCGAGGAUGGACUUUAUUACAUAAAGCUAUAGACAGAGAGGAUGAAUUUUCUGCAUUAUUUCUUAUUGAAAACAGAGCUUCAGUAAACUUGGCAACACCAUCUGAGAAAGCAACUCCUUUGCACUUAGUUGCCAGUUUUAAACCUAAAGAUGUUGCAGCUGAAGUAACUACAGGAAUGACUAAAAUUGCUUCAAAACUUUUACAGAAUGCUGCUGAUCCAAAUCUGCAAGACAUAAAUGGAAAUACUUGUUUACAUCGUGCAGUGGCUGCUCAUAAUUUUCCUGUCUUUGAUUUGUUACUUGCGCAUACACAUUUGGAUCUUGAAAUAAAGAAUGCUGAUGGCCAGACUGUUCUUUGGUUUGCUUUAGAUGCUGGUAUUGGUGGUUAUGAUGAAAACAGUUUUGCAGCUAAACUUGUGAAGAGAGGCAGUUGUGUUGAUGCUGUUUGUCCUCUUAAUGGAGACACAUUAUUACAUUUAGCCUGCAGAGCAGGUAAUGAGGAAGCUGGUAUUUUCUUGGCUGUGCAUGGAGCAAAACCAAACCUGACUAAUAAUAAGGGAGAAGCACCUCUUCAUAUUUCCUGUUCUAAAGGAUUGUCUAAAUUAACAACAAAACUACUUGAAAAAGGUGCAAAUCCGAAUGCACAAACUACAGCACCUGCAACCAUGCAAGUAACUCUUGAAGAUGAUGAUGAAGUUAUAUAUUUACAAACACCAUUACAUCUUGCUAUACUAGGACAGCAUGAGGCAACUAUACAGUCUUUUAUUGAUUACAAAUCUUUUGCCCAAGUCAGUACAGAACCAAAUGUUGUUGUUCCAAAUUUUAAUGUGAAAAAUUCAAAAGGUCAAACUCCGUUGAGCUUGGCUUUAGAACUAAAUCUUUUCAAAGUUGCUUUGAAACUUCUGUCUGGUGGUGCUAAUAUUGACACUACAGAUGAUGCAGGUUUGACGCUUCUGCAUCAGGCUAUCCUGAAUCAGAAUCAAGAAGCUGCUUUAUUUCUGCUCGAAAAUGGGGCUGAUUUUAGUGCCAGAACACGAGAAAAUGAAAGUCCUUUACAACUUGCUGUUCAGCGUCACCUUCCAGCUGUUGUAGAUGCACUUUGUCGUUCUGGUGCUGAUGUUAAUGUCUGUGAUGCAGAGGGUAAUAGUGUCCUCUGGUUAGCACUUGAAAGUGGACAAGAAGAUGUAGCAUCUAUUUUAGUUAAAUACAACUGUGAUACAAAUUGUUGGGGAAAAGGACCUGGUGGUUGUUACCAAACAUUGUUACAUCAUGCCUUAGAUGAAAAUAAUGAAUCUGUAGCCUGCUUUUUAAUCAGAAGUGGCUGUGAUAUGGAUAGCCCACGAAGGCCUAGUCCUGAAGGCCAUGGAGAGGAAGAAGCAUUUGAUGGUCAAGGCCCUCUGCAUUUAUCCUGUGCAUGGGGGUUAGAGCAAGUUGUUCAGACGUUACUUGAACAUGGUGCUGAUGUUAAUCUGCAGGAUGCUGAGAUGAAAACCCCUUUGCAUACUGCCAUUGCUAAUCAGAACUCUGUUAUAAUCAGUUUGUUGUUGUCAUGUCCAGCCUUAAAUUUAAGUUUAAGGGAUAGGAAAGGUUAUACACCAUUUGCUGCUGCUAUGAUGGUAAAAAAUAAUAAAGCAGCAGAAGCAAUUCUUUCUCGUGAACCUCGAGCUGCUGAACAACAUGAUAAUAAAGGGAGGAAUUUCCUUCAUAUUGCUAUUCAAAAGAAAGACAUUGAAAGUGUUCUCUUUUUGUUGAGUAUUCAUGUCAAUAUCCAUUCCAGAGUACAAGAUUCUACUCAACUCACCCCUCUUCAUCUUGCUGUUGAAGCAGGAUCUGAAAUAAUCGUUAGGAAUCUGUUGCUAGCUGGAGCACAGAUAAAUGAAUUAACACCUCUGAAGCAAACAGCUCUUCACAUAGCUGCAGCUCAUGAUCAUAGUUCUAUUUGUAUGGUGCUGCUUGAGAAUCGUAUAGACUAUGAUGCUGUUGAUAAUAACCAGAACAAUGCUUUGCAUAUUGCAUGUCAGAAGGGAAACCUUGCUUCUUGUCGUGUUUUAUUAACUGAAUCUCAAAUCAAUGCUGAAACUAUAAAUCUAAGAGGCCAAAAUCCCCUUCAUGUUUUGGCACAAUAUGGGAAAGAAAAUGCUGCUACUAUUUUUGACUUAUUUAUUGAAUGCAUGCCGAACUAUCCCAUAGACCUACCAGAUGCAGAAGGAAAUACACCUCUUCUUCUUGCUUACAUGAAUGGAAAUGGAAAUCUUUGUCGAGCUCUGGUUCGUGCUGGUGCAUGCUUAGGAACCUGCAAUCGCCAAGGCAUUAAUAUAUUUAAUUUCCAAGUGGCUACAAAGCAAUUGCUAUAUAGAUUAUUAGAUUUUUUGCCCAAAGAGCCCCCAUGGUGUGAAGGAGAAGUUUGUUUAGAAUGUGCAACAAAAUUUGGAAUUAAAACAAGGAAACAUCAUUGCCGUCACUGUGGAAGAGUUCUUUGUGGCAAAUGCUCAGACAAAGAUGUUCCAAUUUUGAAGUUUGGACUUAAUAAACCUGUUCGAGUUUGUGAACUGUGUUUUGAUGUACUGACAGUUGGCGCUUUCUGAGGUGAGAUGUUAUGAAAUGUACAAAGAAUCAUCAUCCUAGUCUGUUGUUUUCAGUUCUGAAUUUUUAUAUUCCUAAAUUGUUCCAAGUAUAAUCAAACUAAGAAUAACAGUUUUUGAAACAUUUAUAUAUAUUUGUGUUUGCAGUUAUUAAUUUAACUUGCUUACUAGGUAAUUUUGUGUAGUUGCCAUAUGAAAACUCUAUAUUAUUUUUUCAAACCAUGUCAAUAGUGUUGCAUGUUAUUAAAAUAUGUUUAAUGUUCAUGUUUACUUGCUCAUGUUUUUGUUAUUUGUAAAAAGUAUUAAAUUCUUUGUAAAUAUUUAAGUAACUUAAAAAUCGUGGUUAGAAAAACUGUUGACGAUGUUUUAAAGAUCUGGUAAUGUGAUUUUUGAUUAAAAAUAAAAGCUUCAGUUUCCUAGUUUGUGUUUGAGAACAUUUUUUAUGUUUGUGAAUGAGAUCCUGCUAAACAAUUGUUGUACUAUAAAUUUAUUGUACAGUUGAACAUAUAUAUUUCAAAUUAUACUCAACUUAAUUUGACAGUCACUUAAUAAUUUUCAUUAGAUUGGUUAAUGCGUGUUCAUGAUGAAAUUUUGUUUUUCAUACGUAUGUGUGUUCUUAAAAGCUUUUUAAGGUACUAUUCAGUUUUGAAGACUGUAAAAUAUUGCCAAA